AUGAAAGUUUUCGAAAUUAUACAACUAGAAAUUAGCGGCGAUCAUUUGGAGAAGGAGGACGAACUGGAACCAAAAAAGGCGAAGUUUAAUGAAAAUGACGCAAUUUCAUACAUAGAAUAUGGUGAAGUGCCACGGAAUAUCCCUUUGCAACUUCUAACAACUUAUCCACAAGGUGCCGGAUUUCCAUUCUUUACGUGGGCACAAAUGUUUUUCACCACUGCAGAUCAGGAGAUCGUCGGCUGGUUCAAAGGAAAUGGUGAUUUUGGAAAGCCAGCGAUGAACGCCCUCUCGGACAUUUCUAAACUAAUUAAACCUUUGCCCUAUGUGGUACUAUCGAAAGUUCACGAUUGUUUAGAUAAAAUUGCAAAAUUUUUGAUAAAAAAUGAUUCUGAAUUCAAAUGUGCUUUGAUAUGGAAAGGUAAAAACCAUCUAGAAAUUUUUGCUAAAACGAGUACCACUGGGGCUGUUUCACCUGGAGUAAAAGAACUGCUGAAGGCGCAAUGCAAGGAACCGGAUGAAUUGGAAGAAUGAAAAAGUGAUAAGAUUUAAAAAAAUUCAUUGAUCGAUUUCCAAUAUGACAUCUUUGAUAGCGGUACUCGAAUUCAGAUUAAACCUUUUGCA